AUUGACAAAAGUGCCACAUGCCAAGCAGUAAGAAAUUGUUAAAUGCUAAAAAUUACGUCACACAAUUCGAAAACGAGGUAUCGAGUUUUUCCAAGCUUUGUCGACAAUAAAUGAUGAUAAAUUUUGUUGGUGUGCUUUAAUCAAUUUAAUACUGUUCGAUUAGUUUUGUUUCCUACUCCAAAGAAAUGUAACCUGUGGUGGUAUAGAGUAUGACGAAAUAAAUCCUAAAUAAGGUUCCUUCCACAUACAAUCGACGAUUAAUUGACAGCUGAGCUGUUGAUGCGUCCCUCAUUCAUUCGAUGUGGGAAGUGUCUGGUGAAAGCAAUCUGCUUAAAUAUGAACAACUUUAGAAGUAACCUGUUGCGUUUUAAAUUGAUCACGUUCGACGUUACUGACACCCUACUCGAGUACGCAAUGCGCCCAGAACGCUACUACGCUCAGACGAUUACUAAUGUUCUGCAUCCGAGCAUGGGACUUUCUAUUGACGAAAAAUCAAUAGCAAACGUCUUCAGUUCUUGUUUUCGGACGCUCAAAACAAAGUAUCCCAAUUUUGGACACGGCCGAAAGCAGAUCGAACAGGAUGUGGAAAACUGGCAUUGGUGGUGGCGAAUGUUGGUGGAACGAGUAAUACUGGAUGUGACUAAACGGAACCGCGGAGAUAUCCCUGCCGCGUUGCUAACGAAAAUAGCGGAUCAAUUGGUAGAGGACUACAUGUCCGAUACGCACGGGGUGUGCUGGAAAAAGCGGUCUGGUGUGGACGAGUUAUUACGCAAGUUAAAAUAUAAUCAAGAGGCAUCAGAGAUGUCCUCCGUUCUCGGUAUUGUGUCCAACUUCGAUCCCCGAUUAGAAAGGAUCCUGCGCAACAAUCAAGUGUAUGCUACAGACGGCGAACAGGGCAUGGAUUUCAUUGUCACUAGCUACGAGGCGGGAGUGGAAAAGCCAGAUCCAGCGAUUUUUGGCAUUGCUUUGGAAAAAGCAAAGUAUCUUGCUAACUGCAAUAUUCACCCGCACGAAGCAUUGCACAUAGGUAAUUUGUGCCGAGAGGACUACCUAGGUGCUCGCGCUGCCGGCUGGCACGCUUUACUGGUCAAUAUGACAAUUAAGCAUAAGGACGAAGUGUUUCGUCGGGCCGUGCCGGUACGACAUAUGUUCCCGGACAUUCCCGAACUACUAACGUGUUUAGAUUACGAUCCUACGUUUCCAUGGUAAUAAGUAUGGUUUAAAACGCGAAAAAUGGAGUUAGUUUGUGCACAUUGAAUGUAGUAAUUUCUUCAAUUGUAAACAUGCAAUAUAAAAGAAGCAAAGGCACAUUAACACAGGGAACGUUUGCGUACAUAUGACAGAGAAGGAAACCUAUUAAAGGAUCAAAUCAAAUAUAAAAUGAUCAACUAAUGAAGUGAAUUGAGUAGUCGGUAACGGUCGUCGUUGUCUCGCAGCUGAUCUGUGUUCGAUUUCCUAUACCAGCGUGACAGGUGACUUGGGGCAACAGCCUCGUUCGUAAAAACAAAACAGUAAGCAAACAGUAAGAGAUUAACAUUAUAUCUGUUGUUGACCAAGACCACCUGGGGUUGUAAUUGCCCGAUAAGAAGAAGAAUCACUUAUCAUGCCAGAAGGGCAAACCGAAAAAAUGAAGUGAAUAAAA